CUCUUCCUCUCCACCUAAUCAAACCCUAGCCGCCGCUCAUGGGUCGUGAAACGUCUACUGAGUUAACCCUCUCAAUUCCAUCGCCGACCGGAGUUGAAGCUAUAUCUGGAAAAGGAACUGUGGCGGUGGGAUCAUCUGGUACGGCGGCUAGAACGCCCAAAACGGCGACUUCGACGGUUUUGGCGCCUGGGUUUCGAUUCCACCCGACUGAUGAGGAACUUGUGAGUUAUUAUUUGAAGCGGAAAGUCACCAAGAAACCCAUCCGCUUUAACGCCAUUGCUGAAGUCGAUAUCUACAAGACCGAGCCCUGGGAGCUUGCAGGAAAGACGAGGUUGAAGACAAGGGACCAAGAAUGGUACUUCUUCAGUGCAUUGGACAAAAAGUAUGGGAAUGGAGCAAGAAUGAAUAGGGCCACUGAAAAAGGAUAUUGGAAGGCAACUGGCAAGGACCGUGAGGUUCGCCAUGAUUCUCAGGUCAAUGCAAUGAAGAAGACUCUUGUGUACCAUACUGGCCGAGCACCGGAUGGGAAACGUACUAAUUGGGUCAUGCAUGAGUAUCGACUUAUCGAUGAGGAAUUGGAAAGGAUUGGAGCAUCUCAGGUGGACGGCUAUGUCGGCUAUGUUUUGUGUCGAGUGUUUCACAAGAAUAAUAUAGGGCCGCCCAAUGGGAAUAGAUAUGCACCUUUUGUGGAAGAGGAAUGGGAUGAUGGCCAAGAAGCUUUGGUCCCAGGGUUAGAUGCUGCAGAAGAUGGAGUGGCUGGUGAUGAUGCUUAUGUUGACAGAAACGAAUUUCAGCAGGAUUGUAAUGUCAUGGAUAAGGACCCUCUUGGUCGCAACGAACUUGUGAGAGACUCCCAACUCCAGCGCAAGAGAAGGCAUACUGAUUCAGGUCCGAACCACUCAAACGGUUCAGAUAAUUCAACGAGGACAACUCAAGAUGGUUCCUCUUCUACAAGUUCUCCUAAUGCUGCAACAACAACAGCGAUGUCUGCAAUGCUGGAAUUCUCACUUCUGGCGUCUGUGGAACCCAAAGAGGGGACUCGUGUUCACGCUCCCUCCUUUGAUGUCAAGAUUGACACAUCGAUGCCUCCAAGGUGUGUGAAGUUGAUUAAUGAACUGCAUGUUGAGAGGGAGACUUUGAAGCGUCAUAUGUUCAAUGCUCAUGCGAUGAUUAACAUUCUUCGUUCCCGGAUUGAUUCUCUGAGCAAGGAAAACGAGGAUCUGAAGCAGAGGAAGACUACUACUCUCUCACUGAUGGGACCGUGUCCGUAAAACAAGGGUGGUGAUGUUUUCUGUUGUAGAAGCAGCAGAGUGUCGGAUUUUGUUAAAUCUUUAAUGGAUAUUUAAGUUAAAAACUUUUUUAACUUUAUACUUUCCCUACGGAAUGGUAGGGAAAUUGACAAGAGUUUUUUCUUACUCAAGGGGAUUGCGGGUUCAAGACUCAGUGAAGCGAGAAUUUUUCGCAUCACAUAUACUUGUGGAGAAGGUCUUGUUGUCAGCUGGUACCCUAUUGAGGUUGUAGUGACGGAUUCGUCAUUUGGGCAGUAGUUGUGGCUCAAACACAUGAAUAAGUACUCUUAUGGUUCUUUUUUUCAUAAAAUAAAUAUAACAAAGUAUAGUUAAAUCUU